CUUUCAACUUCAUCGCGCUUCAAUGGUUGUGUUAGCAGCAUCAAUUGUAACCAAGAGCGGCAAAGCCGUCAUCUCUCGCCAAUUUCGCGAAAUGCAACGUUCGCGCAUCGAAGGCCUUUUAGCAUCAUUUCCAAAGUUGACGAGUACGGGACAACAACACACUACAGUAGAAACUGAGCACGUCCGUUACGUGUAUCAACCCCUGGAGGAACUGUUCAUGGUUCUCAUUACCAACCGUCAGUCAAACAUUUUGCAAGAUAUCGAAUCAUUGCAUCUUUUUGCCCGAGUGGUUACUGAUAUCUGUCGCUCGUGUGAUGAACAAGACAUCCUUCGAAACGCAUUUGAGUUGUUGUGCGCUUUUGAUGAAAUUAUUUCCGAGGGUUAUAGAGAAAACGUCAACUUGUCGCAAGUCAAGAGCAUCAUCGAGAUGGAAAGUCACGAGGAAAGAAUACAGGAAAUCAUUGCCAAGAACAAAGAGCAAGAAGCCAAAGAGGAACUCAAGAGACGGGCAAAGCAGUUUGAUAUGCAGAAAAAGGAAGCACAAAAGCGUGGACAAGGAUUCAUGCAGGGCAACUUUAGCUCCCAGAGCAACUACAUGGGCGGUCGCUUCUCGCCAGCGUUGGAGCCUACGGUACAAACUUCGGUGGACUCGCCCUUUGUCAGUCGUUCGUCUACUCCACCUGCUCCUUCGGCCAAGGCUCGUGGUAUGCAGUUGGGCCGUAAACCCAAAUCGACCGAUCUGUUUGAAGCCAUCAAGACCGAAGUGGAGGAGCCUUUGCUCAAGUCGUCUCGGUCUUCUGCGAGUGGUGGCAUGACCAAGAACCCCGAAGGUAUCCAUGUGUCGAUCGAAGAGCGUGUGUCACUUGCUGCCAAUCGAGACGGUGGUUUGGAACAAAUGGAAGUUCGCGGUAUCCUCACAUUAAGAGUUGGCGAUGCUUCCACUGCCAAAGUCCGUCUCACUCUGCAAGCAGCAGAUGAUCCAGCCAUCAACUUUAAGACCCAUCCAAACGUAGACAAGGCUGUAUUCAAAAAUGAAAAGGCUGUACAGAUGCGAGAUGUCGCUCGAGCUUUCCCAGUGAACCAAAACUUGGAGGUUGUUAGAUGGAAGUUUGCUACACGGGAUGAAACAGCCGUUCCACUUACAAUAAACUGCUGGCCAUCACCCGCUGGCGAUGGUACUUGCGACGUCAAUAUCGAGUAUGAGCUGGAAGCGGAUCAAUUAGAACUACGUGAUGUCGUUGUCUCUAUCCCAUUACCUGCUGAGCCAUCAGUCACUGUACACAGCGCCGACGGCUCAUACUUUGUCGACCGCCAACGUCGAUCGUUGGACUGGCAAUUGCCAGUGAUUAAUAGCUCAAAUAAGGCCGGUUCUCUUGAAUGCAAUAUUCCAGGCGAAGACGCCAAUGGUUUCUUCCCUGUCAUGGUAUCUUUUGUCAGCGACAAAUUGAUCUGCGAUGUGGAUGUAUUGGAUGUACAAAAUAUGGAAACCAACAGCCCAGCACAAUUCACCAAAGACGUUCUUCUUGCUGCAGAUGAUUACACCAUUGGUUAG